AUGCUCCUGGUUGCCUUUUACUUUGAUGCAGAAUCUGUUGGCCGCAGCGUUUUUGGCGAAUGGCGCCAACUCACCUAUCCGGCUUUUGAUGGCCGGCCCUCUCUCCUCUGCUUUGCCGUGGCAGUCCGGCAAUACCUUGCUCGCUUGUGCCCGAUCAAAUACGACCAUGUUAAGGGACACUCUGGAGCUCUCGGUAAUGAGGUUACUGAUGCCGUUGCCAAGACUGCCCGUCGCCUUCCUGGAGAUUUCUGGUGCAGAUGUUUGCCAGACUGGCCAGCACGUCUAGCAGCACAUCCGCUUGCUCUGUGGAUUUGGAUGUUGCCGGGUGCCACGGCUGACCUUCCAACCUUGUUUGCCUUUGAGAGCGAGGCUGUACGCCUUCGAGCACAGCCGCCAGUAGCUCACGUUGCCCCUUCGAUGGGUACCCGGCUUGUGCAGCCGCCUGGCAAAUCUGUUCAUUACGACAUCACGGCCAUCUCUUUCAAUGUCCUUACUCUUCGCGACAAAACCACAGUUCGUGGUACCACACAUGUUCCUGUGGGACUUCGAUUUAUGGGCCGCCGGGCACUACUGCAACAGGAAUUGGCUCCGCAUAGGCCACUUUUUGUUGGAUUUCAGGAAACUAGGCUGCCAGAGUCGGCCAUGUCGCCGGACCAGCAAUACUACAUUCUGCAAGCCUCUGCUACGGCAGAAGGCUCUGGCGGCUGUGCCUUAUGGAUUGCUCGGAAUGUGCCUUAUGCCUCUGUCGCUGGUAGUCCGCAGUACCUCCAGGAGCAACAGUUUGUGGUAACCGGUCACUCCGAUAGGCACCUCAAUGUCUCUAUUGUGGCCCCACACCUUUCGCUUUUUGUGGUUGUGGCACAUUGUCCAUCUCUCGCCAACCAUCCCGCCUCGGUCAUCGAAGCCUUCUGGCGGGAGCGUCAUGCGGAUAUCGUACGUCGGCCCGCUGGUGCCGACUUCAUCAUUCUAGUUGACGCAGAUGCACAGGUCGGAGGUUACGAGACCGAACAUGUAUCCUCCCAUCAUGCUGACACAGAGAACGAAGCCGGAACCCUUUUCCAUGAUUUUCUGGUCGGCAUUUCAGCUUUUCUGCCAAGCACCUUCAUUGGGAUUCAUGAAGGCCCAAGCCACACAUUGGUCGCCCGCAGUUUCCAACUAUAUUGUCACACACGACACCUCCCGUGGAGUCUCCUGUUUGUCGAUGUUCAGGCUGCCUUCUAUAGGGUUGUGCGCCAGGCCCUGACUCCACAUCACGAUGAUGAUACAGAGCUCUUGCGGAUCUUCCACCGCAUGGGCCUGCCUCCUGAGGCUGUCGUGGCAUUGCGACAGCAGCUACAGUGUCUGGCCAUUCUUCCCUCCCUUGGCACACCUGCUCAGGUUGUUGCUAUGGUGCAAGAUAUGAUGCGUGCCACAUGGUUUCGUAUAGAUAACCAUGCCAUCAUCACCAUGACGGCCUGUGGCACGCGCCCAGGUGAUCCUGCCGCCGAUAUGCUGUUUGCGUUGGCCUUCGGCGAGUUUUUGAAAUCGCUCGACUCCACUCUCGCCCUUGAGGGGCUUCGUCCAGAAAUGCCGGCGGCUGCCCACCCACCUGUUUGGGCCCAGCUCUCCACUUCUGAUACCCUCGGGGCGCCCGCUUGGGCGGACGACUUUUUCCUGCCCCAAACCGCGGCUUCUUUCUGUGAUCUCGUUGCCCGUACACGCCGCACGGUUGAGCACACCACAGCUCGGGCCACCUCACUAGGCAUGAAGCUUACGUUUGCUCCCACCAAGACAGCCGGCCUCCUCCCAUCAGGACAUGAUUGGACUCUACUUUCCCCGGAUGUGGUCCCCGAAGAUGGCCACCUUAGCAUUGCUUUUGCUGAUCCGAUCACACGGGAAGCCCACACUCUUCCAAUUGUCCACUCAUACCGGCACUUGGGGGGAAUCUUGACUUCCACCACCACCCCCAAGCCAGACCUGUUGCUGCGACAGUCGCAAGCUUUGGGUUAUGUGAAGCCGUUGCGCAAACAGCUCUUUGCCAAUAAGGACAUUCCUUUGAAAGUGCGCACCACUGUACUCCAGGCCCUGUCUGGUUCACGACUUGUGCACUCUGCCGCAGCCCUUAUUCUGCCUGCCAACAUUCACCAACGCAUGUGGGAUCGUGCAUACCUCCAAGUGUGGCGAGCUCUCGUCCCCAGACACUCGGCUGACAAACAGCUUCACAGUGUCGAGGUCUUGCGACUGGCACAGGUGCCGUCCCCGCCACUUGCGCUUGCCAAGGCUAGAGCGGCUUUCCUCAAGCAACUCACUCUUCAUGGCCCGGCAAUCCUUCGCCAUACCCUUUAUCGUUACUGGGUUGGCCAUCCCCGCACGUCUUGGUUACAGCAGUUAGCGGCAGAUGUACGGCUUGUCACCUCUUAUGUGCCUUCCGCUGCACAUAUCUUUCCCUAA